AUCGGUAAAGAGAUUCAAAUCAGACGUGAACGGGACAAGGAAGGCCAUGUUAGAUUUUCAGUGAAGUACUUCUAUCGCAAAGACAUCAGAAAUGGACCCCCGUCGCAGUGCCCAGUACGUCCUUCUGUGUGACUACUGUAAAACACAAGCCCUACAAAGCCACUGCGAACUUUGUCAGACAAACCUUUGUGUCAUUUGUGUCGGUAAACACCUCUCAGAUUCAUCUAGAAAACACCGAGUCGUACCAUUCAUAGAAAUCGGUUCUACUCCUUGCUACCCUAAAUGUCUAAACCAUGCCGAAAAACAAUGUGAACUUUAUUGUGAGAAAUGCGACAUUCCUGUCUGUUCUACCUGCAUCUUCUCUGGUCAACAUGAAGGACACAAGUUAUCAGAUGUUAUGAAAAAACUCGACGAUAAAACGGAAGGCUUACGAAAAGAUUUGGAAGAAUUAGAGGCAAGAAUCUAUCCCCGAUACGAAGAAAUGGCCUCUGAUAUCCAAACUGAUACAGCUGACUUAGAUGCGCAUUACGGGAAACUGACAAAAAAUGCUGACCAACAAGGCGAAGUCUGGCAUCAAGAGAUCAAUACCAUUGUCGACAACCUAAAAUCUGACAUCGAGGACAUGAAAAACAAACAUCUGGCUGUUCUAGGCAAGUCCACGGAUGACAUCGCACACAGCAUUGCUGAUCUCAGACAGAUCAUUCAGGAUCUGAAGAAAACACUGGAAUCCAACGAUUUAUCCCUAGUCUCUCAAUACAAAUCUAGGAAUGACGAGUUCAGACGACUCCCUCCUAAAAUCCAAGUUACAAUAUCAAGUUUCACUCCUGAGAAGAUAAACACUGAUCAGCUCCAUGGACUAUUUGGUUCUCUAACACCAUUAUCCAUUACAACAGAAGAGCACGGCGAAACAAUAAAGGCACCAGAGGCUGAUUCUCUGCCAGGCAAACCAUUGGUUGAUAAACCGCGACUCACAAAUACCAUACACACUGGGUAUGAACCACACAGUGUUACUUGCCUCAGCGAUGAAAAGGUCUGGACAUCUGGAGAUAGCAGCACCAUGAAGCUCUUCGACCUCCAGGGCAAACAAUUGAGGUCAAUCCAAGCCAAUCUAGGGAACGAGCCAGGAGACAUAUCAGUGACUCGAGGCGGGGAUCUGCUCUUUACUGACCCUAAAACAAAAACUGUAAACAUAGUGAAAAAUAGAAAGAUACAGACUAUGAUCAGUCUAUGGGGGUGGACACCUCUCAAUAUCUGCAAUACUUCCAUUGGUGACCUCCUAGUUACUAUGGUCAGUGAUGAUAGAAAACAAUCCAAAGUUGUCCGUUACUCUGGUUCCAAAGAAACCCAAACCAUUCAGGUUGAUGAUCAAGGUAGACCUCUCUAUUCAUCUGAUGCUACCAAUAAAUAUAUCAGUGAGAACCGGAACCUGAAUAUCUGUGUGGCUGACAAUGAAGCGAAAGCAGUAGUGGUGGUCAAUCGGUCAGGAAAACUCCGAUUUAGAUACACUGGGCAUCCCUCUAAUUCCAAGGAAUCAUUCUAUCCAUUCGGUAUCACUACAGACAGUAAGAGUCAAAUCCUGACAGCAGACUGUGUCAACGCCCGUAUCCACAUCCUGGAUAAGGACGGACAGUUCCUCCGUUAUAUUGAUAACUAUGAUUUGCGCCUUCCAUGGGGUUUAUGUGGGGACACGAGAGAUAACCUCUUUGUGGCUGAAUUAACUGGUAAAGUGAAGAAAAUCAAGUACCUAUAAACAAUAUGUCAGUGACAGCUCAAAUAAUGUGGUAUUACAAUUAAAACAUCAUAUUAAUGACAAGAAGAAAGUCUCUGCUGAUUAUAUAAACAUCCAACAAUAUUCACUCCAGUCAUGGAUUCAAUAUAUCCCAGUCAACUCCAAAUAAAAGGAAACCAACCUUUUCCAUAUCUACUUCAUAUUUGGACGUUUUACGGAACCAACAACUUAAAUUUAUGACAAACGAGAUGACUUUAGCUUCUCAAAUGUCAACUUUUCACAUUUAUGUUGCAACAAUCCCUUUUCAACUGCUAUGUGCUUAUGUCUUCCUUCUGACUCGAUAAAACAUGAACUAAGACAGGCUACUGUGACAAAAAACAUGAACUAAGCAGGCUACUGUGGCAAUUGAGGUGAUAUUAAAAGGUUUUAUCAUUUAAAGUUAGCAGUUCGGAAUUUCUAUUGUCACUAUAACGAUCUAAUUUGCAAAUAAAAUCUGCAUUAAGACUGAAUGCUGUCCGAUGUGUUUCAUAUCAAUUGCGAGAAAUUUCACCUACUGAUAUUCAAUACGGAUUACGCCAUUCAACUUAUCAAGAUAGAGAGUUCAAGUGGGUGUGCUACCAGUCAAUUUGGAAUCCUUAUUGUAAGCACUUGCUCCCACCUUUGGUGUAAUUGGGAAUCAAUAUUUGGCUUAGUAUCAUUUAUUUUUCAUCUAUAAUCAUGUUGCUAGUUACUUUAGCAACCAGUGCGUUGAUUACAGCUAAAUUCACAGUGUUAAUUGCGUUAUACCUAUUGUGUUAAUUAUGGAUAAUAAAUCAGUUCUUAACUUAAA